GGGAGACGAGGUUCUGCGGGAAGAGAGGUGCAGAGCAAUCUGGGAAGUGUAGUUCAGGUGGCUUAGCAUGGUGGGAACCGACGUUCGGGGAAGGAGCACAGCUUGAAAAAAGAUUGCAUCUGCGCCUUUUAACUCUGUUGCUGGAGCACAGGAGGAGUUUGCUUAACAAAUGACUCUUCUGUUUAGAACUUAGAUCCUGAAGACAAUCCUGUGAAUUGCAGCUCAUCGUUCACUGGCUGUAGCUCUUGGUAUUGAUUUCAGGAUGCUGCGACGAAAACCAACACGUCUAGAGCUAAAGCUUGAUGAUAUUGAGGAGUUCGAGAGCAUCCGAAAGGACCUAGAGACCCGUAAGAAACAGAAGGAAGAUGUGGACAUUGUAGGAGGCAGUGAUGGAGAAGGAGCCAUUGGGCUCAGUGGUGACCCCAAGAGCCGGGAACAAAUGAUUAAUGAUCGAAUUGGUUACAAACCCCAACCCAAGCCCAACAAUCGCUCAUCUCAGUUUGGAAGUUUUGAAUUUUAGUGACAGAGUUUUUUGCAUGCCACAGUCCUGGCAUGGAAUAAAAUGAUGGCAGAUGUACAAAUCAGAUAUAGAGAAUUGAGUGGUUGCAGUCAAGCAGAAUGUUUUACCUCCUGCAGAAAGAAGUAACUUGUGUAUGAAAUUACUGAUCUUCAACUCUCAUGCUAAGCUGGAAUCCAAAUUGUGGUUUGUCUCUGGAAAAUUUGACUGUGUAAAGCUUAUCUGAUUUUCAUUUUUAAAAAUAAAUAUAUUUUUGGAAAAA